AUGAUUAUUAUUAUUAUUUCACUUCCACCUGAGCUCACCACUUAUCCUAUAAAUCAGACAAAGAUAGAGGGAGAAAAAGUGACUUUCACUUGUGAUGCGACAGGAAAUCCUGAACAUAUUUUCUUGUGGAGCAAAGACGGAGCUGCUGUCAAUACUACUCUAAGGAUAGGUUUUUCAUCCGAUAUUAAGCAGUUAUUCAUAACGAAUGUGAACAGAGAACAGACAGCGGAGAAUACGUCUGUAGAGCUACUAACUAUAUUGGAGACUAUCAGUCCAAUUCUGCUUCACUUAACGCAUAUUGUAAGAAUAUUUUAUGUUUUUCAUGUAUUUGUUGUUGUUUUUGUUUAUGGAAAGCUGGUUAGAAAUUCGAUACAUUGGAAACUCAGUUUUCUUCACUUUCUUUACAUAGAAAAUAUUGAAUGAAGAAGUGCAUUACCUUUCCUUGUACAUGUUUAGAUUACAAACACUGUAAACGCACCCUUAAAAUUUUCGUCAUUGUUUUGCUCUGUUACAAUAUUUUCAUUCUUUAAUUUAAAGAAACGUAGGAAUGAAGGAAGUUCAACGUACAUCACAAUAAAAUAUACCCACAAUAAUCAACAAAAUUUGUGAAAACAGAGAUACAGAGUUCGUGAGGAAUAAAUGUCAUAAUCUGUGAACUAAAUAACGUCCAUCGUGGUUGUUGUUCUCCAAAAGAAAGGCAAGAAUGUUGGAAUACAAGGGGAAAUCUUUAAACCGGUCGAUGGAUCUUAGUUUUUUUUUCUCGAACAAUUAAAUUACUUAGCUGCAUCGUUUGUAAAAACGAUGUUUUACUAUACCAACUCAUGAGAAAUUUAAUUCAUGUUUGCCAAUUAAUUUUGAUAUUCAAUAAAAUAACUUUCAGAAGUGGCGCUUAAAUAAGGACCUUUCAUGCAACUUAUGUACCUUGGCGAGACUCGUUCUCCAAGAUUCAGAGUAACGUUUAAUUGAAUACUUAAAUAGGCUAGUCUACUGUUCGUUUAAGAAAACAAAUAAAGGUUACUUUGUCCUUUUGAUGUGGGAAAAACAAGGAAAGAAACAAUAUUUUCAAGUUAUAUUUAUAAAAUCUGCCCUAAAGGGUAUUUAUGUAUUUACAGAUCGUCCUGAAUUCAUCCAAUAUCCAAAAAAUCAGACAUUGA